CAUCUGCGAGCUGCUGUCAACAAUUUGUUACUGCGGUAUCGAAAGUUAUUUUUAAAAACUCUCUUCUCAGGUAUAAAUUAAACAUUUUAAAAGCAAAAAAAUAUUUAAAUAUAUCCUUUAACAUCUAAAUAAUAUAAUUCUAUUAAAUAACAUUUAAACUGAGAAGUUUUUCAUCGUGAAAAACCCAUAAAAUUCCCACGCGCAUUCGGACUGCAUAAAAAAAAACGUAGGAAAGAAAAAAAACUAUUGUACACAAAAUAAAAAAAAAAAAUUCCGUUCUUCAAGCAAAUUUUUUGUUGAAAAAAAAGAGAAGUUUUAGUCAAAAUUAACUCGAUUAGGUGGAAACAAACCCUGAUGCCAGGAUUUCAUCUCAAUGAAAUGGGCGAAAUGGUUUUGGACGCAGUUGACGACAUUGGAGUCGUUGAUGUCUAUGAUUUAGCUUCAGAUAUUGGCAAAGAAUAUGAAAAAAUUAUCGAUCAAUUUGGUCCAGAAGCUGUCACAGGGUUGAUGCCAAAAAUAAUUAAUACACUCGAACUGUUGGAGGCUUUGGCAACGAAAAAUGAACGAGAAAAUGCCGCUAUUCAAGAAUUGACUGACAAAAUAUCACAGUUGGAAAGUGAAAAAAAUGAGAAGGCAGAAUUUCGAAAAAGAUUUGAUAAGGAAUUGGAAGUUAUUGAAGAACAAUGGCGCGGAGAAACCAAUGAGCUGGUUGAAUUGGUUAGCAGUCUUCAGGAAGAAAAUAAGCGCUUAGUUAAACAGACACAAGAUCUUCAGUCAGCGUCUGCACAAUCAUCUGGUCUCGGUGCCAGUUUAACCGAAAGUUUCAUGUCGGUAACAAACAAUGAGCUAACAACGACUUUGUCCGAUACACAAGUUCUGCAGCGCCUGAAGGAGCAGAUUUACAAACAACGUGAUGAGUUGAAGAAACGAGAUCGAGAAUUACAGGAGAAAUAUUUGGACAUUGAAAAUUUAAACAUACAAAUGGACCGAUUAAAGAAUUCUGGCCGUGAGACACGCCGUCGUCAUAAACAGCUUCAAAAUCAAGUUAAAACUCUUUGCGAAGAACGUGCAGAUUUCUUGGCUCAAUUACAAGAUCAACAUCGUGACAUCAUGCAACUACGCAAACGCUUGGGAAUUGCUGAAAAAGAAAAUGAAGAUUUGGUCAAAUCACAAGACGACAAUGAUCCAAAUAGACCACGUUACACAACUUCAGAGCUCAAGGAAAUAAUGAAUGAACGUGAUGAGUUACUCACCACAAUUGAUAAUCUCAACGAAGAGUUGAAAACUUUAAAACCAGAUGAGAGUAUAAGAGAACCUGAAGAGGAAGAAGAAGAUGAGAAAAAAGAGGAUCAGUGUGAACCACCCCUAGGAUAUGAUGCCCCAGUACAAGGACCGCUUCCCUAUGAACCAGAUGAUGCACCCUGGAAAAAAUCAUCCGAAUCCGGAAUUCGAAAAUUUUUCAGAAAGCUAUUUUAUGAACCUGAUGGUAUGAAUCCAAAGCGUUCCUUAGCUUCACUUUCUAAAAUGGCUCUAUCUGCCACACCCACAACCAACAAUAAUGCGCGUUUGUAAACAAACCCAGGUGACUAUGUUUAGAAACAAACUCAAUAAAAAAAACGUGAACCAUAAGAUCGUUUCGCGCAAUACAGAAGGAUUUGAUAGAUCCUUUCUCUCUAUACCUAAUCUAAAUAUUAACUUCUACCAUCAGAAUAGUAUUAUAUUUUAUUUAUAUUUUAAACCCGAAGAACCAAAAAACAAGCACUAAUUUUCAAAAUUAUAUUUUUAUUUAUUCUAUAUUAACGUCUAUACAUAAAUUUAAUGUUAAAGUAAAAACAAAACAAACAAAAAAAAAAAAAUUAAUAAUAUACAAACCUUACAAAACAAAAAACACACAUUUUAACUUAUCGUAUUAACAUCUAGUCUGAGAGUGUUUAAAGCUCAAAUUUUUGAUAGAAAUUUCUUAGAAUGAACAAAUUAAAAAAAUACAAAAACAAAAACGAGUUAAAACAAUAGAAAAAGAAACAAUUUUAGGUCGUUAACAGUUUUCUAGAAGGAAUAAAUUAGUAAGUAGAUAUUAAUUGAAAUGGAAAGGAUAUGAUAGUAUUUUUUUUUAUUACUUUUUAUUUAUUUAGAUCUCAUUAACUCUUCUCUUUUUUUGAAAACAAUAACUUAAAAAUAUUUAUGUAAACGAACUAGAUCUUUUAUUAAUAUAAAUCGUUUAAGUAAAAAUAUGUAGUGGUAAAAUACAUUAAAAGUUUAUUAAUUAAAAUGAUAGGCAAAAUUUAGCUCGACUUCACACUACUUGCUUAAAACAACUGCAUUCUCUUUCGUCCUUCUCUUUGAGUGGAGUCCUAUUUAUUUUUUCUUUCUUCACACGGCCAAUCCUACAAGUCAUCGGCCUCCGAUGAUUCGCACCGACAAAGCUUUAAAUUAUCUGCCGUAUGACAAGUGUUAUAAAGGUCUUCGCU